AUACAUCACCGCGAGACGGAGUGGUUGGGCAAUCUGGUCUACUUCUGUGGACCACAGUGCUCAGGAAAGUCCCCGGGCCAGCUUCCGCAGAGAUGCGGGGUCGGAGACGACUCGACUUCCCGAGCCACAAUGGGUCGGUUCUCGUCCGCAAGGGCGAGGGGGCUGAGACACGUGUGGAGCCCUUACCCCGGCCUCGGCUCGGAGUCUUCUUGGCCGAUCAGUCACAGAUAUUCACUCGGCCCUUAAUGGGCUAACAGAACGGGGCUUACGAUCUUGCAGUGUGAUUUUUUUCUUUUUGCAAUUUUUGGGUCUGCUGGAGGAUGGAUGGAUUAGCACGUUGAUUGGGGAUAUGGGGGAAUCUGUGAUUAUGCCGUGGCACCCAUUUAAUGUCGUUGCAUCGACUCCGAUUCGAGGGCUUCCGCCCACUCCGUCAAUUUCUGUUCAAUUUUAUUGCGGGAGAGUUUUGGGACAGAGGUCGAGAACCAGGGCGAUUAGGGAGUGGCGAGAAUAUGAAGAAGCAGUUAACCAGAAGGACCUCGCCCGCGCUCUCCGCUUCCUCAAGGACGUUUCGGUUGAAGUGGACCUGGGGAAUGAGAAUUCUACUCUCGGGACGACGAGGCGGGGGGUGGGUGGUGAAUUAGGUUUGCUGGAGCUGGAGAGGGAUUGGCAAGUGUUGGAUACGUGCUUGAAUGCUGAUGAUAUGAGGCUCGUCGGGAGCGCCUAUUCGUUUCUCAAAGAUCGAGGGCUCUUGCCCAGUUUUGGGAAAUAUCGGAAUAUUGUGUUAGAGGGACCAAGAGAAGUUACUCCGAGUGUAUUGAAGUCUUCAACUGGUUUAGAAGUCUCGAAACUUUCUCCGAAAAAGUGGGGAAUGGCUGGAAGCUCUCGUCUUUUACUAAUUGGCCUCCUUGGUGGAACGUCAGCUCUAUUAAGCCAAGGAAUAGAUAUCAGACCAAACCUUGUGGUAAUUUUGGGCUUGACAACGCUUGAUGCAAUAUUUCUUGGUGGCUGUUGCUUAGCUCAGAUUAGCAGUUAUUGGCCACCACAUAAGCGUCGCAUCCUGGUUCAUGAAGCUGGUCAUCUUCUUGUUGCAUACUUGAUGGGUUGUCCAAUUCGAGGUGUCAUUUUGGAUCCAAUUGUUGCAAUGCAGAUGGGCAUUCAGGGGCAGGCUGGAACACAAUUUUGGGAUGAAAACCUUCAAAAUGAACUUGCUGAGGGUUCUCUCAGUGGAACUGCCUUUGACAGAUAUUGCAUGGUGCUUUUUGCUGGUAUAGCGGCAGAAGCUCUUAUAUAUGGAGAGGCAGAGGGUGGAGAAAAUGAUGAAAAUCUGUUCCGGAGCAUCUGUCUCCUUCUAGAACCUCCUCUCUCUACUGUCCAGAUGUCAAACCAAGCGCGGUGGUCUGUUCUACAGUCGUACAAUCUGCUCAAAUGGCAAAGACAUGCCCACAGGGCUGCUGUUAAGGCUCUGGAAAAUGGAGGCAGCCUUAGUCGUGUCAUUAGAAAUAUCGAAGAAGCCAUGUCUUCCAAGAAUUAAUACUAGUACGUCUGCCUCACCCGUUGAAGAUGAUGAUCCUAAUAUGGAACGAACUGAACUUCCAUCACAUUCAGUGGUAACAUGGAUCUAGUACAGGUUUGUUGGUUUUUGUUUGAUACGAUAUUUUAUGAAAAAAGUAAAUAGUGUAUGUUUAUUAGGAAUUGUAUUUGUUAAACAAUGUUGAUUUAGGUUUCAAACCAAAACAAAAUAAAUCUUAGAAUUUUGGGGAUC